UGGUAGCAAGGCAAGCAUAGAACUUCUCCUUUUGUUUCUAUAAAUACCUGAUUAAGAAUCCUGCUGUCAUCAUCCCUCGUUGUCGUUUUAAACAACUUGAUCAGGUGAUCAAUCAAAUCAAUAGAAACGAUGGCUGCAGGCUUGCAAGUGUUUGGCCAGCCAGCAUCUACUGAUGUUGCCAGGGUCCUGACAUGCCUCUUUGAGAAGGAUCUGGAAUUUGAACUUGUCUGCAUUGAUACAUUCAAGAGAGAGCACAAGCUUCCUGAGUUCAUUAAGCUGCGGGAUCCUAAUGGGCAAGUGACAUUUAAACAUGGUGACAAAACCAUCGUCGAUUCAAGGGCUAUAUGCCGGUACGUUUGUACUCAGUUUCCAGAGGGAAAUAAGACCCUUUAUGGAACGGGAUCUCUAGAACGGGCAUCAAUAGAACAGUGGCUUCAAGCAGAAGCUCAAAAUUUCAGCCCUCCCAGCUCGGCCCUCGUCUUCCAUCUCGCAUUUGCUCCCCAUCUGAACAUUCCCCAGGACCAUGCUGUUAUUGCAGAAAAUGAGAAGAAACUUCAGCAAGUCCUCAAUGUUUAUGAUGAGAUACUCUCAAAGAAUGAGUACCUGGCUGGUGAUGAGUUCACCCUGGCUGACCUUUCUCACCUUCCAAACUCACAUUACAUUGUGAGUUCUGAGAGAGGAAGGAAGCUCUUCACUGGCAGGAAGAAUGUGGCAAGGUGGUACGACCAAAUCUCAAAGCGCGAGACAUGGAAGCAGGUGGUCAAGAUGCAGAGGGAGCAUCCGGGUGCAUUCGAGUAAUGGCCUGAUAUAUUGCCCAAGUUCAUCGUGUCCGUUGUCGAUCGAUCUGGCUUCUGCUGUCCUGUGUUGUCAUCGUCGCUAGUUUGCCUGUUCCCUGCUUAUAUUGUCGUGUGACCAAAUAAUAUGAAGCCUCUUCUUGUUGUGACGUAGUUUCAUACCAUGUACCUCGUUGCUUUACAGGUCAUUUGUUUUCUCCCUUGUUUAGUGAUUAAAUAAAAUUGUUAAUCGACCUGGCAGUUCUAAAUCUGUUGUUUUCUUCGCCUGAAUAAUAGUAUUCUUUUGUGCU